GCACGCCGAGCUUGCAGCUCCUCACUUACACACAUGGGUGGCCGCGGGCUGAGCGGGCGCUCGACUUUAAUUGCCGAUGCGUAUGAAUAAUGCAGGAGGGGCUGACGCGAGUCGACGAGUACGCGCGGACGCAUUAUUAUUGUUAACUAGAAACGCGGUAUCGGAGGCGGUUAAGUAGUCAGGGUUCACGGGGUCAAGAUGCCGCGCGGAAACGAGCGCUCAGUCGACCAUUGCGAGGUCUAGUCGAACGCGGCUGAAGGCGAAUCGCGAGCUCGCCAACGCGCACACGCACACCCACACACGCUGCUUCAAGGUACCCAGAGUAUUGGCGAUUCGAGUAUUGGGGCUCAUCGGGCUCCGAACCCCAUUUUGGGUUCCGAAAAUCUCAGUACCUGAGCUGCGAGCUAGCCGUACUUGGAAAUAAAUGUUGGACUCGUGCCGAAUCGCUGCGAAUGUGGAAUUCCUCUGUGCUCUGUGUUCAAGUAGUCUAUCCUAGGUACAUUGGUUACGAUUUUAGAUUAACCAAGAAGAAGUGGCUCAUCAUGUACAUAAUAACAUUUGUUGUUCUUCUUCUGUUUACCACGAUUACAAUAAUUGUGGGUAACGAUACGUACUUCGACACCAGUGGAAGAAAUUUGUAUCAGCUGAAUAUACUUUCGGAAUACGAACUUGAACGUUAUGCAUUUCCGCCCGUUUUGCCAACGUCUGAGUCUGAGAUUCAAGAACAAGUCGAUUUAAAGAAUGAAACUAUAUUAUAUAGAAUUUCGUCGGGACCAAAAUCACCGAAGAAGAUAGGAAAACAACCGGUGUUCAUAGAAAAUGGAAUUCUCUGUGAUAAGGAUCCCUGUGAAGUUAAUAAACCCAAAAUUGCAGUUGCUUACAUACUUGUUGAUCGGGGCUAUGACGUCUGGUUAGGCAUUGGUAACACUAGCAUUGCCGAGAGUACGCUGUCGAACGAAGAAAAUGAAAGGAAGCGAUUGGAACGCGUGGCUCAAUAUAUAUUGGCGUCCACUCAAGCGAAUGAAUUAACGGUAAUGGGUCACUUUCACGGUUCUGUGCAAUUUUUUGGCAUGACUGCACCUCGUAUUAUCAAUGAUGAACCACAGUCAAAAAUUUCAAGAUGGUUGGAUUAUAUUCCCGGUGUCAAAACUAUCAAGUCGUUGUACAAAAAAGGAACAGGUUUUCUAACAAGAGGUUAUAAUAAUGUGGUUGACAGAAUUGGACGUAAAAUCAAUUAUAUUACCGAUGACUCGAACAUACGCGAUUUAAAGAAUACCGUAAUGAAUGCCUGGGGCUUCAUGAUGACUAUGGUCCUGCCCACCUUUACAAUUAAAAAUUUUUCGGAUAUGAUGGACCAUCCGGAUGUAUUUUUAGACACAGCUCAGCUGAUACGAAAAUACGGUUACCAAGCCGAAUCGCACCAAACGGAGACGACCGACGGUUAUCUGCUGACGAUACACCGAAUACCCGGAAACGAGUCGAUGUCCGCACCGAAGGGGGGCAAACCCGUGGUCCUCCUCCAGCACGGGAUUUUGGGUAGCUCCGCGGAUUGGGUGAUGCUCGGCCCGAGUCAAUCUUUAGCUUACAUGCUGUCGGAUGCCGGUUACGACGUGUGGAUGGGCAAUUCACGUGGCAACACCUAUUCCAAGGCUCACGUAAACUUCUCGGCCUCUAGCUCCAAGUUUUGGGAAUUCUCGUGGCACGAAAUGGGAAUACACGAUCUGCCAGCGACAAUAAACUAUAUUCUCAAUGCCACCGGUCAGAAGCAAAUACAUUACGUUGGGCAUUCGCAGGGCUGUAGCAUUUUAUUCGUUAUGCUUUCGGAGAAACCCGAAUACAACGAGAUGAUUGGAAAAGCCGCUCUGUUUGCCCCGGUGGCUAACACUACCAAUGCCAGGAGUCCGAUUAUUGGCGUUUUCUCAAAGAUAUCAAUGCCACUUUACUAUCUAAUAAGAGUUUUUGGCGUGAAUGACUUUUUGCCGACCAAUGCUUUGCUCACGAAAAUUGGCAGAGAAGUAUGCGAAGCACGUUCGCCUUAUCAAGUUGUUUGUAGCAAUGUACUGUUUAUGAUAACUGGCUACGAUGCUUCGUUAUUAAAUAAGACGACUAUACCAAUUAUUCUCGGUCAUGUACCCGCGGGUAGUUCGAUAAAGCAAUUCUUUCAUUACGCCCAGGGACGUAAUUCAAAGAAAUUUCGACAGUUUGAUUACGGCAAUUCCAAAAUAAACAAUAUAGUUUACAAUCAAACCGAGCCUCCAGAAUACCUAAUUGAAAAUGUCAAAAUUCCUGUUCAAAUUUAUUACGCUCAAAAUGAUUUAAUUACUGACUUUAGAGACAUUGAAAUGCUGGCAAAUCAGCUGCCCAAUCUUCGAGAAUUAUAUAAAGUACCAAAUGAGAAUUUUAAUCACAUUGGCUUCACUUAUGCGACCGAAGCUCCUAAAUUAAUUUACGAACCACUCAUAAAGUACCUUAAGAAUGCCACUCUACCGUAAAGGAAUGAAAGAAAAUAGUUUUUCCUCCUAUAUCUCGCUAAUAUUACGAUGCCUAGUAAUUUAUUUCUUAAUACAUAAUCGAACUUUACAAAUUUACAGCUAUAUUUAUAUAAAUUAGAUCUUGAAAUCGUACAAGGAAAUAUUUUACAAAAAACAUAAAUAUUCAUUUGCUCGUGUCAUAUUUCAAUGAGAUAAUACAAACGUUUAAUGGCCAACAUAAGGAAAUGUAGCGGAAAACAACAUGGAAAAUUCGGCCCCAAUCGUAUAUUUAUAUUUACGUGUAUAAGACACACAAUCGCUUCAUAUUCUGCCCAAUUCGUUGUAUAUUAUUAUAAUUAUUAU